AGGCACGGCCGCGAAUCCGUGAACUGUGCGUGCUCGAUCGAUCCGCUGCGCGAGAGAGAAGAGAAUAGAGAUCGUCACCGUGUCCGUGUGUGCUUGCUUUGCGGAGCUUAUCACAGAUUCACAGUCUGCGUGCGGGAGCGAGAGGACGAAGAAGAAGCUGGCGAUGGCGGCGGCGAGGAGGAACAACAGCUCGGCCGGGACGGCGGCGGCGGCGGGGAAGAAGCCCCGGAAGCCGUAUAAGAUUACAAGACCUCCGGAGAAGUGGGCCGCCGACGAGCACGGCCGCUUCCUCCACGCCCUGCUGCUAUUCGGCCGCGACUGGAAGCCCGUCGCGCAGUUCGUCGGCACCAAGACGGCCACGCAGGUACGCAGCCACGCGCAGAAGCACUACCUCAAGGCCCAGAAGCUGGGUCUGGGCGCGGCGCUGCCGCCGCGCCGUCCUUGCUGCCCACUCUCCCAGCCGCGUUCACCCUGAUGACAAUAAUACCGUGGCGGGCACGGCGGCAGCGCAGAUGUGGUGGCCGACGGCGGCCGCCAGUCCGCCAUCGAUGAGCCGCAUGGACUUCGUGGCUUCAUCCGGCGCCGCG